GUGCGGAACAGCUGACUCGUGCCAUCUCUAGUAGACACGCGCAUAGAUGAUAUAUGAAUUUCAUCAGUUAAACGCGGCAAAGUUUCGAAAGUGAUAUUAGCAGUUUUAGUUGUAAUGAAAAGCAACUAUGCACUUAAUAAUCAUCGUCCUGUUUUCAAGUGCCUCCGCUGUUCUGUUCCCCGACUUGGAGGACUACUGCAAUGAUUCAUAUUGCCAUAUACUUGGCAGGAGCCGGAAGUAUUCCGAUAAGAAGGCUACCAAACUAACCGAGUUCCAUAUAGACUUUUGCGACAAGGAGGUACUCCAACUUAUGCCCAAUCUGCGCACCCUGGAGCUGGAGUACUGCGACAGUCCGGACUUCACCAUGAAGGACCUGUAUCCACUUCCGUACCUAACAAGCCUUCAAUUGCGACGUAGCAACCUCAUGGAGCUGCACCGGGAACACUUUUCCAAGUGGCCAAAGAUGAAGAUCCUUGUGCUGGGAGGGAACAACAUAACGCGACUAUCCGAUGAAUGCUUUAAAGGACUCCCUGAGCUGUGGCUGCUGUCUCUGCCGGGCAAUGGUAUUCGAGGGUUGCCAUGGGGUGUAUUUGAAACCCUACCAGAACUUCUGCAUCUCGAUCUAAGUGGCAAUAGAAUCGAAAAUCUUCCGGAAAACAUUUUUUCUGGCGUUCCCAAGCUAGAGAUGCUGCUACUCAAUGGGAAUCCCUUGACUGUAAUAUCGUCUACAUCUCUAAUACCUCUACGAAACCUACGCCUUUUGGACCUCAGCUACUGUGGACCGCUGCCGGAUCUUUCAUUGCCCGGUGCACAUACCCUAAUCCUCGACAACAGCGGCGUGCAGCGCCUCGCCAUUUUGGGCAGUGUCCAUAAACUCCAAGCGAGGAACAACCAUUUAACGGAGAUCAAAUUACCCAACAAAAGCUCUGUUAUCGAACUUGAUUUACAUAACAAUUUACUGAAAACAUACGAUAUUCCCAAACUUCUAAUGGGCAUGUGGAGACUACAACGACUGGAUCUAUCCAAGAAUCUCAUAGGGAUGUACGCCGCGGCCGGAAGCGACAAUUCGAGCGAGCUCUUCAUGCUGCCCAAUCUUAUGUAUUUUAACAUCUCGGGAAAUCGUCUGACGCGUCUGCACUUCGAUUCGCCGAUUCCAUGGGAAAGGCUUACUCAUUUGGACGUUUCGUACAAUAGAAUAAUUGCGCCGGCAGGACACGGCAUUGACGAAGCUUUCAAUCUUCAUAGUUUGCAUUUAGAGGGUAAUUUUAUUAAUUAUUUAAUGCUAUCACCCUGGAAACCUCAUCCACCCCUGAAAGAGGUGGCUCUGUACGACAACAAUUUCCAGUCUGUGGGCUAUAAAAAUAUUACAAACUUCUUCAAAGAAAUUGGAGUAAACGUCUUAGAGAAAACGCAAUACAAUCACUCAAACAGCGCGUCUCCAACUUGUAAGCCUUGUAUGCCAGAUGUCAAAGAUGUUCCUUCAGGGAACGACACCAGCCAAAAAUGGGACACAGAUACCAAAGUCAAUCCUUUAAGCAACGACACUUAUCGAGAAUGGAACGUAUGGAAUGUACUAAUGCUGGUUUCCCUGAUUAUUUCUCUGUCCCUCAACUCAUUUCUAAUCAUUCGUUGGAGAAGAAGACACCUGUUUACGCAAUCAACACCACUAUCUCCCAUAAGGGAGAUGAUUUCAAACGACUCUGAUGAUCAAAUGAUGCUGUAAUAUGCAUUUAAUCAGUCAUUGUUCUUAAGAUGUAUAUAUAUACAAUAUAUAUACAUAUGUAUAUAUAUAUAAACUGUUGCUCAAAUAAAUAAAGAAUCUCUGGAUUUGCAUUUAA